ACCAUGUGACCAAACAGAAAAUACUUCAAGAUGGCGACGUUUUUGGCUGUUCCUCUAAAACAGACUCAAGAAGUUGAAUUAAUCAAGCCUAUGAGAAGUUUUAUUCAAAACACAUUUAGCCAAGCAGACCCAGAUGAUUACAACAAAGCUCUCAAUGAAUUCAGUAAACUUAGGAAUCUCAUGAUUGCAAAAUCUGUCGAUAAACACGACAGCGCGCUUGAAAUUUUGUAUCGGUAUUAUGACCAAGUUGUUGCAAUAGAAAACAAAUUACCAAUUGCAGAAAAUCAGAUAAGAGUAAAUUUCAAGUGGAGAGAUGCUUUUGAUAAAGAAUCAUUAUUCUCUGGGAAGAGGAUUUUGGCUAUAGCCUCGGGUUCCUAUGAGAAAGUAUGUAUGUUGUUUAACAUUGCUGCACUACAAACACAGAUAGCUGAGGUACAGAAUCAUGAUAGCGAUGAAGGACUUAAAACUUCAGCAAAAUAUUUCCAGUCUGCCAGUGGUAUUUUUGGACACCUGAAGGAUGUUGUAUUGUCACAUAUACAACAGGAUCCUACUCCUGACAUGAACCCAGACUCCCUAAAUGCUCUCAGUGCCUUAAUGGUUGCUCAGGCCCAGGAAACUAUUUACAGAAAAUGUGCAAAUGAUAAGAUGAAAGAUGUUAUGGUAGCCAAAGUUGUACAUCAGUGUUCAGAACUAUAUGCUGAUGCUAUGAAAUUAAUGCAGUUGUCUACCUUGAAAGAACUUUGGCCAAAGGAAUGGAUUCCUACAGUUGUCAUGAAACAAGCAGCAUUCCAUGCAAUGGCAGAAUUUUAUCAGAGUUGUGUCUGUAAAGAGGCAAGAAGUUAUGGAGAACAAAUAGCAAGACUUCAGCAUGCCAAUGAUUUAAUGGCUGCAUCAAGUCAGAGGGGAGGAACAACUUUCAAUUUUAGGAAUGAACAAGGAAGAAUCCAGAGAGAGUUGCAGUCUGCAAAGAAAGACAAUGAUUUUAUUUAUCAUGAUAAAGUUCCUGAUGUGAAAACAUUAGAUCCAAUUGGGAAAGCACAAAUUGCUAAGCCUUCACCACUUCCUACAAAAGAGUUUAGUGAUAAAUUUCAAGAUUUGUUUUCAAAAUUGGUUCCAAUACCUGUAUACGAUGCCCUUAAUGCAUUUGAGAACAGGAGGAACACAAUCAUAAGUGGGGAAAUAGGUCGCCUUAGAGAAGCGUCAACUUUAAUGAAUAGUGUGUUAGCUUCAUUAAAUCUACCAGCAGCAUUAGAGGAUGUGUCUGGCAGUAACAAAGUUCCUCAAUCUGUCUUAGAUAAGGCCAAACAAGUACAAGACCAGGGAGGAAUGCAACAUCUAGACAAGUUAAUUAAUGAUUUACCAGAAUUGUUGUGUAGAAAUAGAGAAAUCUUAGAUGAUUGCAUCAAACAACUAGACGAUGAAGAACAGUCAGAUAAACAGUUAAGAGAACAGUUUAAAGAAAGAUGGAGCAGGACUCCAUCAGACAAAUUAACUAAACCAAUGAGAGAUGAAUGUAUGAAAUACAAACAUAUAUUAGAUACUGCCAUUGGAGCUGACAGAGUUGUACAACAGAAAUAUUCUGCGCAUAAGAGUGCGAUUGCUUUGUUAUCUAAACCCUCAGCUGAAAUAGAGAAAGGAUUACCAAGUGCUGGGUCAUCUGGUGGACUGCAGAAUAAUAGUGCUGUACAACAACUGAAAAAAAUGAUGGAAGAUGUCGCCACAAUCAAGGCAGAAAGGGAGGUUAUAGAAACACAAAUCAAAGAUGUUACAUUUGAUAUGUCAAGCAAGUUUUUCAGUGCAAUGGCUUCAGAUGGUUUAAUAGAUGAAGAAUCUAUAUCUGUUGGAGAACUUGACAGAAUGUAUGGUCCACUGAGGGAACAAGUGAAUGAUAGUAUACAGAGACAAGAAAUGUUAAUGGGAAGAGUGCAGAACACAAAUACAGAGUUCUGUCAAGCAAAGGCAUCCAAUCAGGGAGCAGCACAAAGAGAACAAGUAUUAAAAGACCUGGCUGCUGGAUUUGACAUGUACAUGGAAUUGAAGAGCAAUUUAGAAGAGGGGACAAAGUUUUACAAUGACUUGACUCCAUUGUUAGUGAAAUUACAGAACAAAAUCUCAGAUUUCUGUUUUGCUCGUAAAACAGAGAAAGACGAACUCAUGUCUGAUUUACAGAAGAGAAUUGCAAGUCAGCCAACUGGACCAGCCCCUAAAGCUCCAAGUUAUCAGAGCCCACCAGAGUCCACACAGAGUAGAGUUCCACCACCGAGGCCACCUCCUCCAUCUUAUACUGCACCAGGAACAGCACCUGGCUAUGCCCCACCGGGUUUAAAUCAGCCACAGGCCAAUGCUCCUCCCCCACAUGAACAACCAGCACAACAGAGCUAUGGACAACCUGGUGCCUGGGGACAGACACCAUAUCCACUGAGUAUGUCUAUGCCGGCCAUGCCAUCAGGGUUUAAUGCAUAUAACCCAUACAUGCAACCAUACCCAGGACAACAGCAACCUCCUUAUCCAGGACAACAGCCUUAUCCUGGGCAACAACCUUUACAGUAUCCAGGACAACAACAGCCAUAUCCAGGACAGUACCAAAAUCCUCCCUAUCCACAACAACCACAGUGGCGUUAAUGAUUUUAUAUAUAAACAGCAGUGAUUUUUAUAUUCCGUUUUUCAUGGUGAUUUUGUAUGGUUUGGUAUAAACCACACAUUGUUAAACCUUGUUGUUACGUUAAUAUAUUGGUUCAUAUGCAUAGUCAGUGUAUUGUUCUGUUAUUUAAUGGAAGUAAAAUUAUCAAUUUAUUUGUUUAUUUCAGUGCAUACAGUUGCUUUUUUUUUUUUACAUCUUAGACACAUUAAAAAAACAGAAUCCAGUGUCCCUGGUUUCUCUAUUUUAUUCAUUGAUGUUUUUCCUAGCAUUGUAAGUUUUAAGCAUUAAGGCUGGUAAUUUUGCAACUGAUAGUGCUAUAGUGGACAAUUUGUAAUUUGUUUUUCAGUAGAUAUAUUUUUUUUAAUGAAAAGAAACCAUAAAACUAUGUCAGCAGUUAUUACAUUGUAAUUACAAGAAAAAAUGUCUUUGGAAGUUUGUGAAAAAUGAAUUGAAUGUGUUAUGGAAAAGAGUUGAAUCCCAACCUUUAAAAUUGUGGUAUCAUAAUCUUGUUUAUUAUAGAAGAGUUUGGUAACAGAUUGAUUUCUUUUUGCUUUUAAUAUUUGUUAACAAAAAUUGAUAACUCACAAAUAACAUUACUUUCAAAUCAUAUUAAGAAGUUAAUUUAUUAGUUUAAGAUAAGAAUUAGGCUAUUUUUUUAAAUAGUGCUGAAUGCCAUGUUUAUUUGUACACCAUCUCUUAAAUAUUCUUAAUUUUGAAGAUAAACAUAAUUUCCAAGGAUCAUGCAUACUAUUAUUAGCUAUCACUUAAUACCAUCUUAUCUAUACAUGAUAUAUAUUUAGUUGGAGGUUAAGCAACAAAACAAUCAAGCUUUAAGUUUUAAUAGAAUUGCUAGGAAUUUUUGCUCAUUCUUUAAUUUUAUAAGUAAUUCAGUGAAUUUGAUUUGAAAAGUGUUACUUAUUAGGAAAAAUUGUUUUUUUAUUUGAAUAUUUGCUGACAUAAUUUGUAGGUUUGACUGUUUAAAAUAGUUUUCAGUGGAAACAUAAGCGGAACAACAAGUUAAUGACUGUUUGUAUCAAUCAAAUAAUAUUGGCAAAUAUUAUUUACCAAAUGUUGUCACAAUGAUUUUUGUCUACUUUGACAAUAAAGUUAUUUUGAUUUUUUCCAGAACCAACUGCCCAAAAUGUACUGAUAGCAGCUAUUGUGGUAUUGGUGGCUUUUAACUUUUGCCAUUCAAUCUCAAUAUACAUCUAAUAGAAUGUUUGUUUUCUGCAUCAGAAAAAUUGAAAGUAAGAGUUACUGCCCCUUGAAUGUAAAUUUACACAGAAAUUCUCUUUUUUUUUUGUAGUUGAGUAGAUUUAUUGUCAAAAAGUUUUAUGCAACUAGUUAGCAACUUCAAAGUAAUUAUUCUUAAUAUAUAUAAUUAAUAGUAAUAAUGUAUGACAAGAAGAAAAGAUCUUGAUGAGAUAUACUGUAUUUGACAUGGUGUAGUAAAAGUUUAAUCCUGUGGUAGGACAAUUGAAUCAGUGGAGAAAACUAGUUUUCCUUGUUCUUAAUGAAACCGUCAUGGUUAUCAUCAACACUGAAUUUCUUGAUGGUGUGUAUAUUUGACUGACAGAAAUUCUAACAGUACUUACAGAUAAUACAUAUGUCAGUUGUUACAUCAAAGAGGAUUGACAUAAUAGAGAAUUCCAUGUGUAAUAGAGAAAGCUUUUUCCUUUCUUUGCAUCACAUGAUAAAUAGUUUAGAAUUUGGGUUGAAUGUGGAACUAAACAAUGAUUUUUUAGCUCUAUUCUGAAGCUAAUUUAUAUGGUAUUCUGAAGAAUGUUAGAUUUACACAAAAUUUGGUUCAUUUAUAAUUUUGCUUUCUGCAUGUGCACUGCAGAUAAAUCAGCUAUGUGUGACAGAAAAGGGAUAUUGUUAUGUAUGCACUCCGUUGUACACAGGAUGGUUAUAAUUAUUUAUACACAAUUUAUAUCAAUUUUUCUGAUUUGUUGAUUGUGAAAUUAUGUUAUUGUCAUCAUUAAAUUAUCUUAUUUCUACAAGAAAAUAA